AUGACUUCCCGCGGUUGCCUGGGUGACGACCCGGAAGUGAAGCUUCACUCCCGGAAGCAGCCGCGGCGCGGCCAUGGGCUCCUCGAAGAAGCACCGGGAGCGCGGCGGAGCCGAGGCGGCCGAGGAGGCUCCGGCGGCGGCGGGGGCGACCCCGGCGGGGGGAGCAGCGCCGCGGGGCGGCCCCGGGAGCACCGCAAGCACCGGCACCGCGGCGGGGAGCGGCGAGGGAAACGCAGCCGCUCCCGGGGGGAGCGAAGCGGCGGCGGUGGCUCCGGUGGCGGUUCCGGUUCUUCCUCGUCCCGCCGCGAGGAGCCGGGAAGGAGCGGCCAUGGCCGGGGAGGCGCCGAGCCCGAGCGGCGCGGGAAGAGGGAGCGGCGGGAGGAGCGGGAGGAGCCCGCUGCAGCCCCCAAGGCCACCGCGGCCGAGUCGUCCCUCAGCGUGGAGGAAACCAACAAACUCCGCGCCAAGUUGGGUUUGAAGCCUCUGGAGACGACGACUGUCAAGAAAGAGGCCGGGACCAAGGAGGACCCGGUGGCGGCCGACGUCAUCAACCCGCUGGUGCAGCGGCAGCGCGAGGAGAUCCGGGAGAAGCUGGCGGCCGCCAAGGAGAAACGGCUCCUCAACCAGAAACUGGGGAAGAUCAAGACGCUGGGGGAGGACGACCCGUGGCUGGACGACGCAGCCGCCUGGAUCGAGAGGAGCCGGAAGCUGCAGCAGGAGAAGGAGUUGGCGGAAAAAAGGGCCAAGCUGCUGGAGGAGAUGGACCAGGAGUUCGGCGUCAGCACCCUGGUGGAGGAGGAGUUCAUAAGGAGGAAGAGGGACCUGUACAGCUCGCGGGACCUGCAGGGGCUGACGGUGGAGCACGACGUGGGGGCCUUCCGGGAGGGGGAGACCCUCGUCCUCACCCUCAAGGACAAGGGGGUGCUGGAGGAGAGCGAGGACGUCCUGGUGAACGUCUCGCUGGCGGCGCAGGAGCGGGCGCAGGAGAGCGUCGAGCUGCGCAAGAAGAAGCCCCUCUACGUCCCCUACGAGGACGAGGACCCCGCUGCCGCCCCCCAGGGCCCCAAGGAACACGUGGUGCUCCCCAAAUACGCCGACCCCCCCCAGCGCCCCUCCUUCCGCCUCGGCCCGGGGGGGACGCAGGGGUCGGGGGGGGCCACGGGCCUUGGGGACCCCCGGCAGCAGCCAGGCCCGGCCCCCCAAAGCCUGGAGCUGCCCCCCCUCCGCCUGGCCCCCGAGUACCUGACGCCCCAGGAGAUGAGCGUCGCCUUCCGGAAGACGCGGCGCCGGGUGCGGCGGCUCCGGCGGAAGGAGAAGCCCCUUCGCGCCGACGACCUCCUGCCCCUGGCGCCGGGGGACACCCGUGGGGACUUCGGCUCCAGGUCACGAGGGCGAGGCCGCCGCGUGCAGGAGGAUGAGGAGGGCGGGGAGGGGGAGGCCGAAGCGCCCCCCACCCCCCCCGAGGGGGCCGCCGCCGCCCCCCCCCAGCUCCCCUCGGACGACACCCGCCUGGAGAGCAUGGACAUCAGCAGCGAGGACGAGGCGCAGGGCCCGGCCUCGCCGCCGGCGCUGGAGGAGGACGAGGCCGAGCAGGAGCUGCAGAAGCAGCUGGAGAAGGGCCGGCGCCUGCGGCAGCUCCAGCAGCUGCGCGAGGCGGGGGGCGAGAAGGUGCUGGAGCUGGUGCGGGGGGCCGGGGGGGCGCCGGGGCCGGACCCCCGGGCGGGCGCCAUCGUCUUCAACGCGACGUCCGAGUUCUGCCGGACGCUGGGCGAGAUCCCGACCUACGGCCUGGCCGGGAACCGCGAGGAGCACGACGAGCUCAUGGUGGGGGGCCGGGGGGCGCCGGGGGGGGGGCUGGGGGGCCUGAGGG